AUGCUGUUGUCCUCUGCCUUGCUGCUCCUUCUGGGUGUGUCCCUGGGAUCAGCGUCUCCUUCUGGGAUCAGUGAUGUGACUCUGCAGCGUGGGGGAUGCCCUGCUUUCUGGUUCAGCUUUAAGGACCGCUGUUACAAGUAUGUGUCCACUCGACUGACCUGGGGAGAUGCAGAGGUCUACUGUCAGUCCCAGAACAGCAACCUGGUCUCCAUACGGGAUGAUGAAGAAAAUGAUUUUGUGAAGACUUUGAUUCAGAAUUUUGAUCACACACAAGGGAUGACUUGGAUUGGACUCAGUGACAACCACAAGGAAGGAGCAUGGAUGUGGUCUGACGGUUACCCAGUAACUUUUAACAUGUGGUUUAAAGGAGAGCCAAACAAUAGCGGUGGAAACGAACACUGUGGAGAAAUCAACGCUGGACCAAACAAAGAAUGGAAUGAUCACCCAUGUUCACUCACCUAUCCCUCUGUCUGUGCAACACGCAGAGAUAAGUGUCAGCAGCCAGUGUGA